AUGCCGUCGCCGGACGCGGCGGCGAGGCACACGGGCGCCGGCGUGGCGCGUCGGCAGGCCCACCACGAGCGGAUGCGCGACGAGCGCGCUCGGGAAGCGGCCGCGGGUGACGCGGAGCUUCCGCCGGAGGACGACGCGGUCGAGAUGGCGAGCGCCGUCCACGUGCUGGACAGCGUGGCGGAGGUGGGCCCGAACUACACUCUGCUGCGCAGCAAGGAGACGAAGGCGAAGCGGCGGAAGCGAAAGCGCGAGGAUGCCAGGGCGGCGCUCGACGGCCACACUGUCCUGUCCACCGGAUCGCGCCUCGAGAUCUUCUGCGACAGCGAGCGGUGGUACCCUGCGACCGUAAUGGCGCGGGAGGAAGACCGGGACGGACGGAUCGUGCACGAGGUCGAGUACGACGGCUACUCGGAUCGGCGGUGGUGGCACAUGCUGGACGACGAGCGGUGGCGCGCCGUCCCAGAGCAGGCCGGCACGGGCGCAGGAGGCGCUGCCGCAGAUGGGGAUGGGGAUGCGGCGAUGGACCGCGUGGACGGCGAGCAUGGCGCCCGUGCCGCGGGCGACGCCGAGGCGGCCGAGGUGCGGCCGGCGCCGCCUCCUGUGCGCCGCGGCCAGACGGGGACGUGGCUCGUGGGUGCAACCAUGCAAAAAUGCGGGGCAGACGUGCCGCUACCGCGAUCACGAAGCGAGUAG